AUUACAAUUUUGGACCUUAAUGUAAUAACAUCAACAGCGUUUGUAGUCCAACGGUUAGGAUAAUUGCCUUCCAAGCAAUAGACCCGGGUUCGACUCCCGGCAAACGCAGUUUUUAACCCCAUUUUUUCACAUUGACCCACUCAAUCAUAUGUGGGCCAUCACUCAGAUAUUAGAGCAGCCCAUUUAAACAUCCAUCCAAUCCUGACCACAAAAGGGCAUUUUCGUCUACCACCUCAAAAAAAAUUAAAAGAAAAAUCAAUCAUAAAUUCCGUUCUCUUACUCGAACGACGCCGUAAAGGUCGCGUGUAAACCUCACAUUAUCCACACAAACAAACCUCUCAUUUUCUCUCUCUUUUUUUCUCUCUCUAACCAUCAAUGGCCGGAGCACCUCGUACUUCUCUCUCACCAACUCGGUUAAUCAUACCUCCUAACUCCGUCACCGGUAAAUUUUUCCGGCUGAAAUUCUCUUCCUCCGGCGUCUUCAGCCUCCGCUGCUAUGUCGCCGGCGGCGGAUUGUCUACUUGCGCCGCCUUCCAAACUCCGGUGAUUUCCGAAGGUCCUUCAUGUAUUUUCGUCGGUCCUGUUGAAACAGCUAGUCAAGAAACUCUAGAAGCUCUUUAUCGCCAGGCGAAGGAUUCGUAUUACAGUGGGAAACCGUUGAUAAUGGAUGACAUGUUUGAUAGAGUUGAGUUGAAAUUGAGGUGGUAUGGAUCGAAAUACGUGAUGAAGUAUCCAAGGUGUAGUUUACGCCGGCAAUCUACUUAUGCUGAUGCUCAGGAAGACCCUUCGCAGGUGUUUGCUUUGGCGAGCGUGUGGUUUUUGAUACUUGCAUUCGGUGGUGCGGUAUGCCUUGUGCCUAUGUUAUACACCAUCAACUUAGCUUAUCAGGAUGCUUUGACUUCAGAAUCAGUCUACAGCAGCCAUCCAGCUGUAGUUGAGUUUCUUGGCAUGUUGAACACUCUGCUGUUCAUUCUUCUGGGUUCCAUUAUUGGCUGCCCAAUUGCUUCAGCUUCUGCUAGAGCACUACAAGGCCUGUGGCGGAAUGAUCUAGUGGCGCUGAAAGGAGCUUGUCCAAAUUGUGGAGAAGAGGUCUUUGCAUUUGUGAGGUCAGAUCAUAGCCAUAGCUCUUCUCAUAGAUCAGAUUGUCAUGUAUGUGAAUGUCGGCUUGAAUUCCGCACCAAAGCUGAGCAAUCCAUUUCAAAACUUGGCAGACGAUGGGUUCAUGGUCGUGUAUACCUGAUAUCUGACAGACGAAGUCGCCGGCGUUAAACAUUCACAUAAUAACCAGGGCAAGAGAGAGUUAAAUGUGAUUUUGAGUUCAUGUACAGUAGGAUGAUUCUUUUGAAGCUGAGCACAGGCUGGUAGUACAAAAUUCAAAGUAUACAGCAAAGCAAAAUUUAUACAGUUGGACAUUAGUGUGAGCAUAUUACCAUACUGUAGCCUCCUUCCUCCCUAGCUAAGUAUAAAUCUGCGAUAUCAUGUAUGAAAUCUAUAGUGCAUAGUAUUUCCCUAUUUUUUUUUUCUUAUUGUUUUCUUGGUCUGAUUGGUUAUUGAACAUGCCAAGACACUCGGCUUUAUGAUAGCUAUCUCAGUAUUUCUUUCCAUUGGCAUGGAAAUUGUAUGAUUGAGAUGCUCAGGAUUAAUUUUACAUUUAUCUUGUGCCAUUUA